GUCGAUCAAUACUAUACUACUAUCACAGUAGGAAGCUAGGAGGAAAUCAAAGCAACAAAGUUGCUGGCCGAGAGAAGCAACCAUGAGACCUCAGGCGUCGUUACUCGUCACACUGGCUGUUAUCGUCGUCGUCCUUGCAGCUCUGCCACUCAGCAAAGGUAUACGCGCGCACGUUGGCUAUAUUUGCUGCAUGGUGGCCACGGCAUGCAUGCAGGGACGGAGGAGGAAGGAGGAGGAGGGGAGGCAGUCGCCGCCGUGGACGCCGCCGCCGGAACGAGCUCGUGGCCAUGCUGCAACAAGUGCGGUUUCUGCUACCUGUCUGACCCGCCGCAGUGCCAAUGCCUGGACUUCUCGACGGUCGGGUGCCACCCAGAGUGCAAGCAGUGCAUCAGGUACACCGCCGACGGUGGCGUCGACAUCCCGCCCGUGCACGCCUACCGCUGCGCCGACAUCCUCUUCAACUUCUGCGAGCGCCGCUGCACUCCCGCCGCAGUUGCUGCUAGCACCAAGUAGACGGAUGCAUAUGCAUGCCAUCGUUGCCGCCGUGUGUGCCGCUUCAGAGAAGAACUAAAUAAAUGUUGCCGCGCGCUGUUGAUGCGCGUGCAUGCCUCUCCUUGAAUAAACCAAUAUUUCUAUAAUUAUUGUAGGAUGUCCAACUUUCUUAAGUUUGAAAAAUAAAUGGCGCUGCUUCAUAUGAUGCUGGUGUCCAUGAAUUAACCUGCAUCGUCACUUCAGUUA